AUGAGUACGAUAAGAGUUGCUGACGGUGAAGAGUCACCAUACAUUGAGGAUCCUACUUUCGAAGCUGCCGCUGCGUUUAUGGGUGGCAGGGAUAUCGUUGAGCAGCGUUUUGCUGAGGGCUCUUUUCGUUCGUCUGAAUUAGCGGAAUCAUUGGAGGACUUUCGCCCUCCUGAUGAGAAAUCCUCAUCGUCAUUCAAAGGGGACGGAGGGUCUAACGAUGGUGGUGCUUUGAAAAGGAUACAAACUGGUCUCUUUUCUCCGAGGUUGCGAAAACAGAGGAAGAAAAUAUUGUUAACUUUUGUGACUAAUAACUUUUUCAUUGCCUGUAUUUGUAUCUCAAUUAUAUCGAUCUAUUGGGGGGCCUGUUACGAUACAAAACGCUACUUUCACAAAGUCAAUAAUGUUGUUGUGUUGCAGGACGUGCCAUCUAACAGUUCUGUACAGUCUAUCUCUGCCAUCAUACCCUCCCUGCUAGCUUCUAUACCUGGAACAUGGCAUAUAUAUAAUGCGUCAUCAUUUAAUGGGAAAUUUGGCUCGAGGAAUUCCGACGAGAUUGACGAAAAAGUGGUGGAUUUGAUAUAUGGCGAGAAAUAUUGGUUGGCAUUGAAUGUUAAACCAAAUGCCACAGACUCCUUGUACAAUUCUCUGACUAGCCGUGAUGCGAACUCUCAGUUCAACUCGUCAGAUUUUUUUGAGUCUUUGUUUGAAAGUGGUCGUGAUCCAUCAAGUGUGAAAUCAACCAUUCUACCCCUAAUGCAGCAACUGGAGACCAGGUUUCAAAAAUACUAUGUCAGGGAAUAUCUUCCCUCAUUGAUGAGCAACGUUACUUCCAAUGACAACGAUGCUAGUGUGAACCCAGAGAAUUGGGCGAGUGCAGGCCAAUUAUUGUUUUCUUACAAUGAUCAUCGUCCCUUCACAGAUCGUAUCCUAAUGGCCCCUUUACAGGUUGGUUUAAUUUAUUGUAUUAUAUUAACAGUGUUACAACUGGCGCUAUACGGUAAAUUGCAUGGAGAAAUUGCCAAAGUACUGAGGCCAAAGCAUAUUUUGAUCUAUAGAUUAUUAAUUUCCUGGGCAACUUUUUUUUUCCUUUCGCUUGGAUUCUGCACUGUGUCAGCAAUCUUUAGAAUUGAUUUCACCCCUGCCUUUGGUAAGGGAGGGUUUGUGGUAUACUGGAUGUCUACAUGGUUAGUAAUGUUGGCUGUUGGUGGCGCCAAUGAAAACGUACUGAGCUUAAUCAUAGCUUAUUGUCCUCCAUAUUUGAGUAUUUGGCUGAUUACAUGGAUUAUUUUGAAUAUAUCUUCCUCGUUUUAUCCAAUGGCUUUGAACAACAAUUUUUAUAGGUACGGUUACAUGAUGCCAAUUCACAAUGCUGUUGAUAUCUACAAAGUGAUUUUUUUGAACUUGACAAAGAGGAAAAUGGGAAGAAAUUACGGUAUUCUUGUGGCAUGGGUUGUCCUCAAUACAUCCUUGAUGCCAUUUUGUAUGAAGAUUGCAGGCAAAAAAAUGCAAAAGAAUGCCAUGCAAGCAGGGGAAGCUGCUGCCGCUGCCUAUCGUGCUAGCCACCCCGCGGAUACUGGCACUAGUAACAAAACUUCUGAAAAUUGA